ACACAUUUUGAUCGAGUAAAUUUAGUCUUGUGUAUUUUACAGUAGAAAAGCAGAAAUAAAUAAACAAAAGAGACGGAGGAAUCAAAUUUUGGCGCCAGCUCUGGCGGCAACGCGUGGCUGGUCCGAGGCGGACUGAGGAAUCAAGUCCAGCGACCAGCGACCAGCGACCGGGACUGUCCUCCUGCUGUGGAUGUGAACUGAAGGAAGCCGGGACACGGGCAGCGACUGGAGCCGGGACACGGGCAGUGACUGGAGCCGGGACACGGGCAGUGACUGGAGCCGGGACACGGGCAGUGACUGGAGCCGGGACACGGGCAGUGACUGGAACCGGGACACAGGGACUAUCCGAAGACGGGACACAGACACUGACCGGAGUGGGAUAGGCACUGCGCGGAGCCGGGACAAAGGCACUAUCCGAAGACGGGACACAGGGACUGCCCGGAGGAAACAGCAGAGUUAGGAAAGGCACAACGCACGCCUUUCGUGCGCCUGGUGUAACUGACCUGUGUUCCUCGCAGCACUGGUCUCACUCAAAGACACCCUUUAUUCUUCGAUUGCUUCAUCUUCUGCUGCCGGGUCAACGUGGUCGAAGGAGUGUAUUUUCGCUGCUCUUUUCUGGAGAAAAUAUAAAUAAAAAGGCGAGUUGCGUUGUGGCCAUUUUUCGAUGUGUUGGGUUUCCGAUGAUUCUCUAUAUCCUGGCCACUGAGACAGUUAGAAAAGAACAAGCUCGCAUCUCUCAACCGAGUUCCAAAUGCUGCCCUGUGCAGAGUUAGAUGAAACCGCUGCAAUUUUCAUCGAUUGGAAUUUAAUGUAAAGGGAUCACAUUUCAGGAGGGAUGGGCUGUGCUACAAGUACCGACCAGAGGACAAACAGUUUCAGCCACUGGGACCUGGGUAACGGGACUCCCACUGAAGCUUGGCAACAGGUUUGCUUGGAAGAUCAAGUGGCAUCGUUUGAACACUCUCAGGCGAAGACAUUUGUAGCUUUGCACGACUAUGAACCAACAAGUGAUCGAGAUCUGGGAUUUAAGAAGGGUGACCGCCUUAUUGUCAUAUCAGAAAAAGGGGACUGGUGGAAGGCUAAAUCCUUGGUUUCCGGCAAUGAGGGUUUUGUUCCCAGUAACUUCAUGGCAAAAGGGGACACAGUGGAAGUGGAAAACUGGUUCUUCAAAGGAAUAAGCCGGAAAGAUGCGGAGAGGCAAUUGUUGUCUCCAGGCAAUAAAUUGGGAACUUUCCUAAUCCGGGAGAGUGAAACUAACAAAGGUUCCUUUUCACUGUCUGUGAGGGACUAUGACUCUAAAUAUGGUGAUAUAGUGAAACAUUACAAGAUUAGACUCCUUGAUAAUGGCGGUCAUUACAUCACUCCUAGAGCCACGUUCGCCGAUUUACAAAAAUUGGUUACGUAUUAUUCAAAAAGUUCCGAUGGUCUGUGCCAGCGUCUAACCAAGCCAUGCCCAAUGCUGGCUCCUCGAAAACCCUGGUGGCCAGAUGAGUGGGAAAUCCCAAGAGAAGCCGUGAGGUUGACAGAUAAACUCGGAGCUGGGCAGUUUGGCGAAGUUUGGAUGGGUUACUAUAAGAACAAUACUAAGGUUGCUGUCAAAAUGCUGAAGGAGGGGAGCAUGUCUCCACAGGCUUUCCUGGAAGAAGCUAACAUUAUGAAGACAAUUCAACAUGACAAGCUGGUGCAGCUGUACGCAGUUGUGACAAAGGAACCUAUACUUAUUGUGACUGAAUAUAUGUCAAAAGGUAGUUUGCUGGAUUUUCUAAAGACCGAUGAAGGAAUUAAGAUUAUGUUGCCAAAAUUAAUUGACAUGUCGGCCCAGAUUGCAGAGGGGAUGGCAUAUAUCGAACAGAAGAAGUACAUUCACAGGGAUCUGCGUGCUGCUAAUAUAUUGGUGUCAGAAUCAUUGGCCUGCAAGAUUGCAGAUUUUGGUCUUGCCCGACUUAUAGAUCAUGAAUACACGGCACGUGAAGGUGCUAAAUUCCCUAUCAAGUGGACGGCUCCAGAAGCCAUUAAUUAUGGCACGUUCACAAUCAAGUCUGAUGUCUGGUCCUUUGGAGUACUUUUAACAGAAAUUACAACGUAUGGAAGAGUACCGUAUCCAGGGAUGAGCAACCCUGAGGUUAUCCGUAGUUUAGAGCGUGGCUAUCGAAUGCCUCGCCCAGACAACUGCUCAAAUGAACUCUAUGAUAUCAUGUUGAAUUGUUGGAAAAACAUUCCAGAAGACAGACCAACAUUUGAGUAUUUACAGAGUAUUCUGGAAGACUUCUUUACAGCCACGGAAGGACAGUACCAAUCUACUUAGCUACAAAUACCCACCUUGUGAAAGAAACAGCUGAUUCGUCACAGGACCUUCAAUCAAAUAUUCAUUUGUGCAUAGUUAGAAACAAUUCAAAGAAAAUCAACAAGUAUCAUUUUUUGUUGAAUUGAUUUUCUACAAGUAGGACUGGAUUUGACGUCCACCAUUAUACUGAUGCACUGGUCUGAAAUUCGGAAAACUCAGCAGUAACCAAAAUGUUGGCAGAAGGAAAUGCCGGGAAAUGUUCAAUAGAAGCGCCUUCCACAAAUCACUGUGGGUAUAUAAAGAUUUUUUUCUUAAUUGAACACCCUCUCAGCAUUUCUGAUGGCUGCUUCGUUACAGGAUCUCCAGCUGCUUUAGGCAAAUUUUGUUUAUUUCGUUGAAGUUGCUUUUCGUCCUAAGUUUAUCAUCUUGAAACCUUCACAUUGGAAUUUUCUAUUACCUACCUGUGUAGGUUCUCCAGCCGAAUGAUGAAACAUUGAUAGAUCUGCAUUUCAUUUUCAUCGUGUUCCAUUAUAUAAACAGUAUCAGACCCAUUUUAUGAAACUCUAACUGCUUAUGCUGAAAGUUUUCUUUGUGAUAUAUUAGUUUUGUGUUGCUAAUUUAUUACAGAUGUAAGCAAGAAGUUUAUAAAAAAUUACAAACAUUUGUAUUAUUCUCCGAAUUCACUGAAUUUUCAUUGUGCUUUUUCACUUGAAUGUUUAGCGACUAAGUGCAAUUCCAACUGAGCAUUUUGCUGAUUUUAGGAAUGUUGAAUGAUGUCGAUCAUGAGCACAUUUAAUCUUGAUUGGUGCUCAAGUCCACGCUAUACAUAAGUUUACAGAGGCAGAGGUUUCCUGUAAAGCCUUUGUUCUUCACUGAACCAUGAUAUGUGCAGAAAGAGUGGGGAACUGUUUGAAAGGCUUGCAGUAUCUGGAGGAUAAGAAGAAAUCACUUGACUUGUAUUUGUUGUUCUGCUAAAACUAAAGAUUGUUCAUAUUAAGUGUAUUCCAACUGAAAACGUAAACUAAUUAGACAGAUGGUGCCUGAUCUGCUGAAUUUUUGCCGCAUUUUCAGUAUUUAUUUCAGAUUUCCUGCACCUGCGGUUUUAUUGUAAAUUUUAUUUUACUUAAGAAUUUUUAAAGGUUGUUUAAUUUCCAAAACCGUAAUAACUUACUAAAAGAGUGAGGUCAUCCUUUCACACUUGGAGGAUGGGGACAAUGUCUAUGAAACUUAAACAGAACAUAUUUAGGAUUGAGAAAUACAGCGAAAGCCACCUGUCAUCAGCACAGCCAGUAGAGCUGCUGCCUUACAGCUCCAGAAACCCGGGUUCAAUCUUAACUUCAGGUGCUGUCUGUGCAAAGAUUGCCCGUUCUCUCUGUGGCUGUGUGGGUUUCCUCUGGGUGCUCCAGUUUCCUCCUACAUCCCCAAAGAUGCAUGGGUUUGUAGCUUAAUUAGUUUAGAGAUACAGCACGGAAACGGGCAAAUCAGCCCACCAAGUCCCCGCCGAACAGCGAUCCCCGCACAUCCUACACACACUGGGAACAAUUUACAAUUCUACCAAGCCAAUUAACCUACAAACCUGUUUGCCUUUACAGUGUGAAAGGAAACCAAAGCUCCGGGGAAAACCCACUCAGAUCAUGGGGAGAACGUACAAACUCCGUACAUACAAGCACCCGGUCAGGUUGAACCCCGGUCUGGGGCUGUUAAGCAGCAACUCUACCCCUGUGCCACCUGCCGCCCUUCUGGCCUCUGUAAAUUGGCACUAGUGUACAGGGAGUGGAAGAGAAAGUGUGCUGACAUGGAACUAAUAUGAAUGGGCGAUGGAUGGUUAGUAUGGAUUUAGUGUGCUGAAGCACUUGUUUCCAUGCUGCAUUUCUAAACUAAACUAAACUGAUGCACUGGUCUGAAGUAGGUACUUCCAUUUGAAUCAGAGGGUUACGAUCUGUACAGGGCAGUUUGCAUACUCCAAUGUGGCAUGUGUACAAAGGCAAUUGGUGCGAGGAGCAUCAACUAUAAAGUCAAACCAAUUGGUGUCAGAUUGUACUGUUUCAUAAGUGUCCUUCUUGUUACUUCAAUUAGCUAUGAUUGGUUGUUGAAAUAAAGUUUAUUUUCCAGA